UCAUUUGAAUGAGAAGUUGUAGCUGGUCGUGUGGUUUGCUUUUUUCUCCAUAUUCUAUAUUCCAUAUCAGGCUUGUGUUUCUUAAUGGAGUCUAUCCUCAGAGUUUAGUCCAACAUACACUUGUUUUCGUAUUUUUUGUUUUCUGUAGUGAUUUGCAAACGCACACGGUGUUAUCACGAGUUGUUCACAAUUUUCACUGCAGCUCACCUUUUCACUGUGCACCAAGGCGCCUCUUGAGGUUUGUUGCCUACAGAAAUCAGAGGCCCAGUUCAGUAUUCUCCUGCCUGACCAAGUCAAUCACCAGUGAAAUCACCAUGUCAGCCGUAAAACGCAAGGCAACAUCUGCUGCAGCGGCUGAAGAGCCCAGUGCCAAGCAGCAGAAGUUGGCUCCCAUGAAGGAGAAGAAGGAGAGAGCUGGGGGCUGGCUGCAGGACCUUGUGACGAAGCAGAGGACAGAAAUGAAGGAGCUGAAAUUCAACAACAAGCGCCUUCGUUUUAUAUCUGAAACUAAAAAGAUAAAGCAGGGCUCGGAGGGUGUCCUGUACUGGAUGUCAAGAGACCAAAGAGUACAAGAUAAUUGGGCACUGAUCCAUGCACAGCAGCUUGCCAUGAAGGAGAGCCUACCUCUGCACAUCUGCGUCUGCCUGCAUGUCCCAAAAUCAGAACUGUCCACUCUGAGACAUUACAGCUUUAUGUUGAAAGGUCUGGAAGAAGUUGCAGAGGAAUGUAAAACCUUAGACAUCCAGUUCCACUUGCUGCAUGGUUCACCGGGGGAAGUUGUCCCUAGCUUUGUGUCAGACUGCAGCCUUGGGGCGGUUGUGACAGACUUCUCCCCCCUCAGAGAGCCACUGCAGUGGCUGGAGGAUGUCAAAAAGAUGCUUCCGAAGGACAUACCAUUCAUACAGGUUGACGCCCACAAUAUUGUUACCUGCUGGGAAGCAUCACCUAAACUUGAGUACGCCGCAAGGACAAUCAGAGGAAAAAUCAACAAGCUUUUGCCAGAGUUCCUCACUCAGUUUCCUCUGGUAGAGAAACACCCCUACACGGCUACAAGAACCACAAAACAAGUAGACUGGGACAAAACCCUGGCCUCCCUGCAGGUUGACAAAACAGUUGGAGAGACGGAGUGGGCUAAGCCAGGCACCAAGGCAGGAUUGGCCAUGUUGGAGUCCUUCAUUGAUGUACGCCUUAAACAGUUUGACACCAAACGCAACGACCCAAAUGCUGCAGCCCUCAGCCAGCUCUCCCCCUGGAUCCGCUUCGGCCACCUGUCAGCCCAGCGUGUGGCGCUGCAAGUUCAGAGCAGCGGGAAGAGCGCAGGUCAGUCCGUGUCCUCCUUCAUCGAGGAGCUGGUGGUGCGCAGGGAGCUGACUGACAACUUCUGCUUUUACAACAAGAAAUAUGACAGCGUCGAGGGUGCGUAUGAGUGGGCUCAGAAGACCUUAAAAGAUCAUGGCAAAGAUAAGAGGCCCUAUCUCUACACGUGUGAGCAGCUGGAGAAAGCAAAGACACAUGACAAACUCUGGAAUGCUGCUCAGUACCAGAUGAUCACUGAGGGGAAGAUGCAUGGUUUCUUGAGGAUGUACUGGGCCAAAAAGAUUCUGGAGUGGACUUCUUCACCAAAGGAGGCGCUCUCAAUCGCUCUGUACCUAAACGAUCGCUAUGAGCUGGAUGGCCAGGACCCUAAUGGCUUUGUCGGUUGUAUGUGGUCGAUUUGUGGCAUCCAUGACCAGGGCUGGGGAGAGAGACCUGUUUUCGGAAAGAUCCGCUACAUGAACUACAAAGGCUGCCUUCGGAAGUUUGCCGUAGCCCAGUUUGAGAGAAAGUAUUGUCCUAAAAACCUUUGAGGCAUAAAAUGUUUUGAAGGAUAGGAAUAAAAUGCCUGACAGCAUGUAUCUCCUAAACCUUUACCUCAGGGAACAGCCUUUCUAACAGUUGAUUUUCUUCUUUUUUUAUUUUUAUCUUGUUUUGACAAAAACAUUCAGUAUAUUGUUGUUUAGACUGUUUAUUUGACUGAAUAUUUAGACAUGUUGUUUAUGCUUAUCAAGACUCUAAGCUGUUUUCUGGUAGGGUAUUGGACAGUGUGCUGUUGCUUAACAUUAUAUUUUGCUCUGUGGUGCCUACUUAGUAAGCAGAAAGAACUUUUUACUUUUUAAUUAUUGUUUUUUUUUCACAGUAAAUUUUCUUUUCAAAAAGCUACCACAAUACAUGGUGUUCUUUUAGAGUAACUCAAAGGAUUUGACUCCAUUUUCUGAAAAAUACCUCUUUUCAAACAAAACAUACUGUACAACUGUAAACAAGGCGAUUUGCUAUCACGUAUAUAUCAAGAUCUCAUUGUUCAUUUAGAAUAUUCUUAUCUGUAAGACCUGAAAUGCAGCAUAUUUUUGAUUUGAUUUUUGACUUUUUUGAUUAUUCUUUACUCAGAAGGAUACAUCCACCCACAAUCACGUUGAUUGAUAGCAUUUGAAUUUCAUUAAUAAAUAAUAAACUUCAAUCAAUUCUAAA